CAGGUAGGGAUGUUAGGGGACAACGCCAAACGGUUCCCCAACAAGAAGUCCAGACCGAGGGUCCGUUAUCAGCCGCUGGACGUCUGGAGAAGUGAUUAUUAAACUUCAAGCAAUACAGCGGAGGCUUUUUAGAUCAACCACUAAGCGAUUUUCUUCCAGAGGGAGAUAUCAAAUUUAGCCAAAGGAAUUAAUAUGUCAAUGCACUUUUAUCAAAUGAGCAGUAAACUGCUCGGGGACACUGUUGGGAAAAUGAACGACAACCUGACCUCCACAGUGCUGGCAGCUUCUGUCAUCACCCUCACCCUGGCAUAUAUUUUCAAAACGCUGGUCAAACAGUCCACUGACAAGGAUCUGAAAUGUCCACCUUACAUACCCUCCAGCAUCCCCUUCCUAGGUCAUGCCAUUGCAUUUGGGAAAAGUCCCAUUGAGUUUCUUGAAAAUGCUUAUGACAAAUACGGCCCUGUGUUCAGCUUCACCAUGGUGGGGAAAACCUUCACCUACUUGCUGGGCAGUGAAGCAGCCACACUGCUGUUCAACAGCAAGAAUGAGGACCUGAACGCUGAGGACGUCUACUCCAGACUGACCACCCCAGUGUUUGGCAAAGGAGUAGCCUAUGAUGUGCCAAACCCUAUCUUUCUGGAACAAAAGAAGAUGCUGAAGACCGGGCUGAACAUUGCUCGUUUCAAAGAACAUGUGAAAAUCAUUGAGGCAGAGACCAUCGAAUAUUUUCAGAGAUGGGGAGACAGCGGAGAGAGAAAUCUGUUUGAGGCCUUGUCUGAGCUGAUCAUCCUGACAGCCAGCAGCUGCCUCCACGGGAAGGAGAUCCGCAGCAUGCUGAACGAGCGAGUGGCCCAGCUCUACGCUGACCUGGACGGGGGAUUCAGCCACGCUGCCUGGCUCCUGCCCGGCUGGCUGCCUCUGCCUAGCUUCAGGAAAAGGGAUAAAGCUCACAGAGAGAUCAAGAACAUCUUCUUCAAGGUGAUUCAGAAACGCAGGAGAUCCGGAGAGAAAGUGGAUGACAUCCUGCAGACCCUCAUUGAUGCCACUUACAAAGAUGGACGGCCCCUGAAUGAUGACGAGAUCGCUGGGAUGCUGAUUGGUCUCCUCCUGGCGGGUCAGCACACGUCCUCCACCACCAGCGCCUGGAUGGGUUUCUUCAUGGCCAAAGACAAAGCUCUGCAGGAGCGCUGCUAUGCCGAGCAGAAGGCUGUGUGUGGAGAAGACCUGCCUCCGCUUGACUUUGACCAGCUGAAGGAUCUCAGUUUGUUGGAGCGCUGUUUAAAGGAGACCCUGCGUCUCCGCCCACCCAUCAUGACCAUGAUGAGGAUGGCUCGCUCUCCUCAGACUGCAGCAGGCUACACCAUCCCUGUGGGCCACCAGGUCUGCGUCUCACCGACUGUGAACCACCGUCUGCACGACACCUGGGUGGAGAGGAUGGAGUUCUGUCCCGACCGUUACCUUAACGACAACCUUGCCGCAGGGGAGAAAUUUGCCUACGUUCCUUUUGGAGCCGGCCGUCAUCGCUGCAUCGGGGAGAAUUUUGCCUAUGUCCAGAUAAAAACCAUCUGGUCCACUUUACUGCGCAUGUACGACUUCGACCUGGUGGACGGAUAUUUCCCCACAAUCAACUAUACCACAAUGAUCCACACCCCUAACAACCCCAUCAUCAGAUACAAGAGGAGAAAACAGUGAGAGACUGAAGGAAGACAGUGAAAGGCCAGGAGCUAAGACAGGAGCAAAUAGUCCAGCAUCCUGAGUGUCUGAAGUGGAUCUCGAACCUCCUGGGACUUUAAACGGGAAAUUUUAGAUUAAUGCCCUGUCUAAAUAUCAACCCUGAGCUUUUGUGCUUCCUUUAUCUAGAUCUUGAGUCCAGUCCUUUUUUCUGAAUGUCAACAUAAUAAGGUAAUUUUUAGAAACUUGUGUUUCCAGAGCAAAAUACACUUGUAGUGUGACUCUGCACACUGAUGCUCAUAUUCACAAUGUGAAUUCUUAAAAAAUAUUGAAAUCUAGGAAUAAUAGAGUGCCUUGAUGAAGGGGAGAUGUGUCUGUCGACUGAAUUAAGCCUGUGGUUCCAUGUUAUCGGGCAGGUUUUAUUCAGUGAAAAACAACGCUGAGUAAAACCAGGAAGAACAUUGAUUUUUGUUUGAUGUUUCAGAUUUGCAUUGAGGAAAAGUUUUUUUUUUUUUUUCAGCAGUCCAUUAAACUUUAAUACGCCUGUGGAUAAAAGUUUGUUCUUGACCUUGGAAAAAGCAGUUGGCAAAACCAAUCCACCAAAAAGUUUGUAUCACAAGAUCUGUUUGAACAGCCACUGAUAAACCUUGUGGUGAGAUUGUUUUGCCAGUUUUAUUAACCCUGCUUCCUGAGACAGACCAUUAGCACUGACUCAAACUGCAACGCUACUCUGUUCCUUCAUGAUACAGAUGUGAGCUGUUGUUCACUAAACAGGUGUAACAAAGAGUGCAGUACAUUGACACAGUAAUAUGGCAUUACUUCAUAUUCUACAUAUCCUCAUUACAAGUUGUGCUUAUCAACAGUUUAUUUUGAUUUACUUAGUUCUUUAGUAUUUUUUCCCCUUUUUGUUUUUUAAAGUUCCAGAAAAAAAACUGUGUUGAUAAUGUUCAAAUGUCCAUGCAUGAUGAUGUCUUCUUAAAAAAAUAAACUUUCAAACUUUUCU